GCAAAACAAAGAAAAAAAUGAUACAAUUUGACCUCCAACCUGGCACCUUGUAGCGGUCGACCCGGCGGAUAUGUGCGGUCCGUUUUUCUCACCGGAUCAGUGUCAAAGUGGGUCGACCCAAGUUGACAACCUUGAUGAAAAGAAAUCACUCGGUUUCUUUAAUGGAUCCGACGUGGAUUCAAAAGUCACUUUCCUCCCUACCCCUUAGUGCUUUGUGUAAAUAUAAAUAGAAGUGAGAUUAGGCGCCGUUUGUCACCUAAAUCAGUGGAUUUCGUAUCCUUCCUUCGUCCCCGGCCACUUUAUCUCUAUUCUCCCUUUAAUUUUCUCUCCUUCUGGCUGGUCACCAUGUCCCGCCAUCCACAACAACGAGUAGCUUCGGUGGCCGUUUUGCUGUCCGUCGUAUGGUUCGUGGCCGCGACGGCCGAGCUGCCGCGUCUGGAGCACGACACCGUGAAGGACGGCGCCGCCGGCGGAUCCCUGGCCGUGUUGGUGGUCGGCGACUGGGGAAGAAAAGGAGCCUACAACCAAACUCGAGUUGCCACUCAGAUGGGGGCAAUUGCAGAGGCAGCAAAAAUCGACUUCGUGAUAUCAACGGGAGAUAACUUCUACGACGACGGAUUAACAGGAGUCGACGACCCCAACUUUUACCACUCAUUUGCAGACAUCUACACAGCACCCAGCCUGCAGAAGCAGUGGUACAACGUGUUGGGGAACCACGACUACAGAGGCAACGUAGAAGCACAACUGAGCACAGCCCUACAAGAGAAGGACCCCAGAUGGCUCUGCAUGAGAUCCUUCAUUCUCAACACCAACCUGGCCGAGUUCUUCUUCGUCGACACCACGCCUUUCUCCGACAAGUACUUCACCGACCCGGAGGACCACGUCUACGACUGGAGCGGCCUCAUUCCAGACCGAGCUACCUACCUGUCCAACCUCCAGGCUGAUCUGGACUCGGCUCUCAGGGUGUCGAAGGCAAGGUGGAAGAUCGUGGUGGGGCAUCACACGAUCAAGAGCGCGGGCCACCAUGGCAACACCGUGGAGCUGGAGGCUCAACUGCUUCCCAUCUUGGAGGCACACGAUGUGGAUCUGUACGUGAAUGGGCACGACCACUGCCUGGAGCAUAUCAGCAGCAGCCGGACCAAGCUUCAGUUUCUCACCAGUGGGGCAGGGUCGAAAGCGUGGAAGGGUGAUAUCAGCUCGUGGGAUCCCAAGGAGAUGAAGUUCUACUACGAUGGCCAGGGGUUCAUGACGCUUCAGAUCUUGUCGGAUGAAGUUCGUGUUGUUUAUUAUGGCAUCGAAGGUGAAGUCAUGCAUCAAUGGAGCACGGCGGACUUGUCGGUCUCCCAAAUAUAGUAGCAUCAAAACCACACUAGUACUGUUACUACUUCAGAGAUUUUAUAUUCA